CAGAGAUAGCAAAGGUUAGCGUGAGGCUUGCCAGCCUGGAGAGUAGAGAAGGCCAGCCACCUCUCCUCCCGCCAGCCCAGAGAGACCCCCAGGCUGGCGCCUCAAUGAUGGACAAUGCCACUGAGGAGCCCAGAAGGUGCCCUGCCAGAGGGUCGUGCCCAGUGUUCCUGGCCAUGAGCUCAGGGGUUGUCCGAUAUGCCCCAUCAGGCCUGGGCCCGGCCCUGGAGGGGAGCUUAGGAGAGAGGCCCUGGAGCACAGACAGCCCACCCCAGCCAGAUGAGGGCCUCCCACCGCCCCUCGCAGCCAACUCUAUCCCCUGGAAGAGUGCAGGCCCCUGCAAAGGCUGCAGGGAGGCCCCGGGAGACCUGGUGGACACCUGCACCAGGGAGGAGGCCCCAACUGAGGAGGGCCCUGCGGCUGCCAAGCUGGACAUGUCACGCCUGCGCAGCUCCUCCAUGGAGAUCCGCGAGAAAGGCUCGGAGUUCCUAAAGGAAGAGCUAUGUAAGGCCCAGAAGGAGCUCAGGCUGAAGGAUGAGGAGUGCGAACGGCUGUCCAAGGUGCGGGAACAGCUGGAGCGAGAGCUGGAAGAGCUGACGGCCAGUCUGUUCGAGGAAGCCCACAAGAUGGUUCGAGAAGCCAACAUGAAGCAGGCGGCAUCAGAGAAGCAGCUAAAGGAAGCUUGGGGCAAGAUCGACAUGCUACAGGCGGAGGUGACCGCCUUGAAGACACUGGUCAUCACAUCCACACCGGCUUCUCCCAACCGCGAGCUCCACCCGCAGCUGCUGAGCCCCACCAAGGCCGGGCCCCGAAAGGGCCACUCGCGUCACAAGAGCACCGGCAGCUCCCUGUGCCCGGCUGUGUGCCCCGCCGUAGGGCACAGCCUCACCACUGACAAGGAGGGCAAAGAGGUGGACACCACCCUUUUCGCGGAGUUCCAGGCCUGGAGGGAGUCGCCCACCCUGGACAAGAGCAACCCCUUUCUGGAGAGGGUGUACCGGGAGGAUGUGGGUCCCUGCCUCGACUUCACCAUGCAGGAGCUCUCGGCACUGGUGCGGGCCGCUGUGGAGGACAACACACUCACCAUUGAACCUGUGGCUUUGCGCACCCUGCCUGCCAUGUCGGUUGCCCCGGUGGAGUGUGGCAGCACUAACACCUGCGCCCUAAGCGGGCUGGCCCGCACCUGCCACCAUCGCAUCCGGCUGGGGGACUCCGAGAGCCACUAUUACAUCUCACCCUCCUCCCGGGCCCGGAUCACAGCCGUAUGUAACUUCUUCACCUACAUCCGCUACAUCCAGCAGGGCCUGGUGCGACAGGAUGGAGGCCUAGGCCCCUGCCCAGGCCUGGAGCCAGGCUCAGACCUGCAACACCUGUUCCGGGACAGACGGGCGGCAAGUCCUGGAGCCAACUCUGAGCUAGAAGCCGAAGGGAUGUACAGACAACCAGGCUGGCAGGGGCAGGGGAAGAGGGGAGCCACCCUGAGCCAGCACCAGCUGACUGUCCUGGGACCACAGGCUUGGACUGCACAGCAUGCCUCAUCUCCUUCCCCACUGGGUUCUACAGCCACCAGAGAAUAGCACCAAAGACCAAGGAAGGAGCUUGGAGCCAUAUUCUGGGGGCUUGGAGACCUCCGCUGAAGCCGGGACCCCCUCCUCCCUCCCCCCAGCCUCAGGAGCUGCCGCCUGCAGGUGCCUUGUUGCUGCCGUGUCUUCCAAAGGGGACUGUCCUGGGAGACCACAUCUCCAGGUCAUCCCCCUCCUCAGUUCCCAAGCGCCCCUCCUCGUGUCGCCAGCGCCCCUAGUAGCCAUCCCUCACCCUCUUCCCAAGUGGCCUCCCGUGAACUAUCCCACAACAGCCCCUGCUUGCUCAGACCCCCACGGGGUAGCAGGGCUGGACAGAAGAGCUGGUCCAGCUGGCAAUAACCCCAGAGCAUUCUGAAGAGAAGUCAGGACCCCUGCUUCCCAUAUAACUUUCCUCCCCCAGCUCAGCCCCAAGCUCUGGGCGGGAGGCUCUGUUUCCAAAGUCACUCUGAGGAUUGGGGGUCUAAGACACGGGCAGGGCCUCCGGACUCUCCUGCCUGCCUGCUACUGUGCGUGGCAUUCCGACAACAGCAGCCCCACUCACGGGGCUGGGCGAGGUGAGCAGGGCCUGGACCCACCCUCACCCAUCCCCGGCCCUGCAGGGCUGGGGCUGCCACCUGGAUGCAUCCCUCGCCACACCCGGAUUUCCUCUGAACGGAAUGUAACAUGAUCUCUAUUUCAUAAA